GGAGUAGCUUCGGGUGUCGCACCGCGGAAGGCUGGCAGGUUCGUUCCGCUGCUCGGCGGCGCAGGACACCGGUUAGGAGGCAGCAGCCGGGGCACCUGGCUCUGCACCAGCCCGUUAGAGUUACAUUGCAGCCCCCGCCCCUCAGCGUCUCCAGCUGUUCGCUCACGUUCGGGGCCGGGGGGCCGCUAUACAUCUGUGCUCCCGCCGCCCAGCGGGCCCUGCCCAGUCCUUCCCGUGGAGUGGGCAGUUGUGCCUCGCCCCCGUCUGGCCGCGCGUCUAGUCCGCUGGCCUUGCCUUAGGGCAGCCCAGCCCCGGAGAGCCCGGCGCGCCCGGCCGCCGGCGAGAUGAGCUUCUUUGGCUUCGGGCAGAGCGUGGAGGUAGAGAUCGUGCUGAACGAUGCGGAGAGUAGGAAGCGGGCCGAGCACAAGACGGAGGACGGGAAGAAGGAGAAGUAUUUCCUCUUCUACGACGGAGAGACGGUCUCCGGGAAGGUGAGCCUCGCACUCAAGCAUCCUAAUAAGCGUCUGGAACACCAGGGCAUCAAGAUCGAGUUCAUCGGGCAGAUCGAACUCUACUACGACCGUGGGAAUCACCAUGAAUUCGUGUCCCUGGUGAAAGACUUGGCCCGGCCUGGAGAAAUCACCCAGUCACAGGCUUUUGACUUUGAGUUCACCCACGUGGAGAAGCCGUAUGAGUCCUACACCGGGCAAAAUGUGAAGCUCCGGUAUUUCCUUCGAGCCACCAUCAGCCGCCGCCUCAACGAUGUAGUCAAAGAGAUGGACAUCGUGGUUCACACGCUCAGCACGUACCCAGAGCUGAACUCCUCCAUCAAGAUGGAGGUUGGGAUCGAGGACUGUCUGCACAUUGAGUUUGAGUACAACAAGUCCAAAUACCACUUGAAAGAUGUCAUUGUAGGGAAGAUAUACUUCCUACUGGUGAGGAUCAAAAUCAAGCACAUGGAGAUAGACAUCAUCAAGCGGGAAACAACAGGCACAGGCCCCAACGUGUACCACGAGAACGACACAAUAGCCAAGUAUGAGAUCAUGGAUGGAGCACCCGUGAGAGGAGAGUCCAUCCCAAUCCGGCUCUUCCUGGCAGGCUAUGAGCUCACCCCCACCAUGCGGGACAUCAACAAGAAGUUCUCGGUGCGCUACUAUCUCAACUUGGUGCUGAUAGACGAGGAGGAACGGCGCUACUUCAAACAGCAGGAAGUGGUGUUGUGGCGGAAGGGUGACAUCAUACGGAAGAGCAUGUCCCACCAGGCAGCCAUCGCCUCACAGCGCUUUGAGGGCACAACGGCCCUGGGUGAAGUGCGGACCCCCAGCCAGCUGUCAGACAACAACUGCAGGCAGUAGGCCCCCAGGGCCAGGGAGCUGCUGGGCUCCCACCCAGCACCCCUGUCUAUCAAACACCAGCGGCUGAGGGAAGGGGAGGAAGGUGUGAUGCUCAGCUGACCCAUUACUUGCAACCUGAAAACAAAUCAUGUUUUUGACUUAAAUUCUUUUUUCUGAAGAACCUUAGGGGCUUGAGCCAGGAAGCAGUCUCCCAGGGUUCUGCAGCUGAUGUGGGACAGCGAGGUGGCAUCCUGAGAGCCAGUGUCUCUCUGGGAUUGGAGCCUUCACCGAGGCCCUGUGCAGGGGCCUCACAGCAGGCGGGGGGACAGGGCGCCAGCAUCCUUGGCUCCAGCCUUCCAGCUUCCUGACAUAGGAUCUGACCAUGUCCCUGGGAUUCUGAGCUGCCAGCAGGGCCCCAGGUAGUCACAUCUUGUCCCCACCUUUGUCCCUAAGGUAGUGGCAGGAGCUGGGCCUGCCCCACCCUACAUGACCAAGGGGAGACUCGAGAUUAGGAAGCUACCUCUCUGGGAGUCGGAUGUGGUGCUUUCCACAAGCCACCUCCUUUCUGGCCUUUUUCUCCCUGCUGAGAGCCAGGCACCCCCUUCUCCAUCUUGUAUGGAUUCUUGUCACUAACAUCUUGGGGCAGAAGCCUGCAGAAGGGCCUCUGCCUCAUGUCCCCUCAUCUGUAAGGAAUCCUGGCACAGAGAUUGCUCACACAGACCCCCUGAGGUCAGUGUCACGUGUGGGUAGCAGCAGAGACAGACACAGGAGGCCAUGACAGCCCAUGAGGCAGAAGGAUGCUCAGUGCAUGGUAGCUGUUUGUCCCCACCACGUACCUCCCCUCGUCAGCCCUAAGGGUCCUGCGGGUUAGGGUGUUCUGGGUGCCCCAGCAAGCCUAAACAAGGGCAUCUGUCUCCUUCGAAAACAGAUUCUAGGAAGGUGACUUAUCUCUUUGCUGCCCUAAGAAUGAAUCCUCAUCACUCCCUGGUCUCUAUUUAAUUUCUGAGAAUUGGGGCUGGGUUUCAAACAGUGGAAAUCUGCUCUAUGGCCCCAUCCCCUUCACUCCUUACCUAAACCUGAAAGGCAGAGGAGCUCGAUGAGGCCCUCAGCAGAAUAUUGCUGCACAACUUCGAGUAACCCUGCUUGCCUGUUGCGUCCUCACCCUCAUCGGUUGACCACAGUGUAGGACUGCUGCUGUUGUCUUUGGAAACAUGUUACAGGAACUCUCAUGGCUAUUUCCUUCCUCAGGAGGGGGGUCCCCUCUGCUGCGUUGCCCCGGGCCUGUUGUAGUAACAGUGUCAACGUCCUGUCCUGCCUCACCUGGAGAUGACCAGAAAUGACUCUCCUGGUGGCCUGCCUUCCCUUCUGGGAAGACACGCAGGCCCUGCUGGCCAGUAAGGGCUAUACUGGAUGGUCUGGGUUCUCUGAUUUGGAAAGCAGAGGGGUUGGUUCCUGUGUCACUUUUCAGUUAAGUGUGGAAGACACGGAUGGCUCUUCCUGAAAAUUCUGCACAAUCAUGGGCCUUUGACUGAGCAGGGCUUGUGGAUUAGAUCCGAGACUGGAGGGAAAGACAUUUGGGAUAUCACUUGGGGUCGACUGGGGACAGCAGUGCCAAGGUAAAGUGGUAUCCCCCAUGCCUGGCCCCGAGCUCAGGUGCAAUGGACAGUGGCCACGGAAACAGGAUCAUCAUCCAGCGGUCCCUGGAUUUUCAAGAUUGGAGCUGAAGUGUGUGGGGAGGCAGGUUCUGUGGUCCUUACCUCUUUCAGAGCAUGAGACUAAGCUCUGGUGUGCCUCCCAUAAUAGAUGAUCUAACUGGAAAGGAUCUGUCAACUCCUCUGCCUCCCACCUGACAACACAAAUUCAUUUUCCAAGUUUCUUAACAUCGUAAACCUUUCUUCUGGGAGAACUAGAAGAUAGAAUUUGCUUUUUUUCUCUCAGGAACUGUGCACAAGCCAGAUCUGAUUUUUCCUACUCUGCUCCAUUCUCCACUUACUGGUCCAACUGUGGAAGUGAGGGGAGGCUCCUGUCCCCCUCUGUUAAAGGUCCCCACACUUGGGAGUGCAUAGGUACUAAACCAAGCAGUGCAACUUGUAAUUAAGCAGCUGCAGUGUUUACAUGUUUCUUAAUGUAUUGUCUUUUCAAUGGCUGUAUUUUAAAAAACACUUGUUUCAGUUGUUUCUCUGAUUAAAGGAAGCCCCUGUGGCUUGGAGGCAUCGUGCACAUGGUCCACAA